GCGAGCCGUCCUUGUUGCGCCAUUCAAUUAACAAUAAUCUACAUUCUGCAGUUUAAAUAAACGCACAAACAUCGAAGUGCAUUACCAACGCGGAAUUUGAACGUUUCAAUUAUAUCAUUCGAAUUGUCGGUUAGUUUGAGAUUAACAAAUUGCUUAAUGUGAGCAUGUUAGUCAUAUCUAUCGUUAUAGUUGUAGCAGUCGUACUGUGUGUUAAACUUUAUAUGAAAUAUAUCACAAAAUGGUGUAAGAGUAAAGUGUGCCUCGUUGGAAAAACUGUUAUCAUCACCGGAGGAAAUGCAGGUAUCGGAUAUGAGACGGCUUUGGAAUUGGCGAAAAGGGGCGCGAAAAUCAUCCUGGCCUGCAGGGAUGUUACUAAAGGAACGGCUGCCGUUGAAAAUAUUAAAAAUCUAACGAAAAAUCCGAAUGUGUUUUUGAAAUUAGUGGAUUUGUCGUCGUUCAAGUCAAUCAACAAUUUCGCUAACGAUAUCAACAAAACCGAGGAGAGAAUCGAUAUAUUGAUUAAUAACGCCGGAGCUUGGGGUUUGGGCGAUAAUAUGACCGAAGAUGGCUUGCAAUUAGUAUGGGAAAUCAACCAUUACGGACCUGUUCUUCUCACUCUACGUUUAUUAGAAUUAUUGAAAUCAACACGUCCUAGUCGGAUAAUCAAUCUCUCAUCGAUGGCAGCGAGAUACGCUACUUUAUCUCUGAACAAUCUACACGAAUUAAACACUUACCAAAAAGACUAUGAAGUUUACGGCAACACCAAAUUGGCCAAUAUUCUGUUUACCCAAAAAUUGGCGAAGUUGCUCAAAGACACCCAAGUGAGCGUAUUCUCGGUUCAUCCAGGAGUCGUUGAAACGGAGAUUGUAGUCCAAAGAUUGCCAUUCGCAAUGAUGUAUGCAAUGAGAGUAGCAAUGAAGUUAUUUUUCUUGAGUCCAGAAGAGGGGGCGCAAACUACAAUAUACCUAGCCUGUGAAGAUGGUAUUGAACAUCUCUCUGGAAGGCAUUUUGAAUAUUGUUCGGUUGUGGAUACGUAUAAAACAGCCAAGGAUCCUAAUUUGGCGGAUGAAGUUUGGAACAGAACAUUGGAAUUAAUUAAAUACGAUAAAGACAAAAUGAAUUAAUUUUUGAAUAAUUGUUCCUUGAAAUAAAUAUCUAUGUUAUGUAGUUGUAGAAGGUGUAACAAAUAAAUAGAAAGAACAAAUAAAUAGAAAGAUUUUUUACGGGAGAAUGCAUUAAAUUUUUGUAAACC